UACAGGUUGAGACAGUCCGGCAGAAGUUAGUUUACCACUAUCCGUCCUCAGAGAAGCACGUGUAUAUGAGUUGUGACUCUGAUUUAGUUAAUGCAGAUUAGACAUAUAUAAGAAAAUGGAUUUCUGUCCUCGAGGAACGGUUCCAGAUAUCGGAGAUCUUAACUUCUCCAUGGAUAGCAUGGAUACUUUUCAUGAUAUUGAUAUAAAGAUGGAAGACAUAGAGGCCCAAGAGGACUUCCACAUGGAACAUUCUCUCUCUAUGUUCGAGUUCGACACCAUGAAAGAUCUGACUUUGGACAUAGAUGCCGUAGUUCGAUCAGCGGAGAAAAGAUCAAUCUUGGACGAACUUGAUACCAAAGAUAAGAUACGACAGGAUUGUAUGUGGUCUACGGGACAAAAUCUUGCAAAACUAUUCAAACCUGAUGAUAAAGCUGACAGAGUUAAACCCUACACAUCUCUUCUAAAUGAAGAAAUGAGCCUCACACCCCCAACCUCUUAUAUAAACGAGUACCUGAAACAUUUUGAAACUCCUCUACCUUCAGAUGAAGAAUCCUCUUGCUCGAGCGGAGAUGAGAUUGACGUAGUUUCAGACUGGUCAACAGUCAUCAUGGAGCAAGGCUGUCGUCUCUCAGAUCAAACCGUUCUUACAAGUUCAGUAUCUAGUAAAGAUCAUUGCUAUACUUCAAGAAACCUGUCAUGUACACUCACACCUCCAGAAUCUUCAGAAGAUGAAGAUUCAAUCCAGGGAUACUACUCAUCAAAACCGUCCUCGCCCGAGUUCAAAAUUCGAAACCGUCCUCACCAAGGAGUUGAAGCAGAUCGCCUAAAUCUAGCUGUAAAAAGUAUCAUGGACUCAAACCCCUCCCUAAGAAAGCAAAAUUCCUCUAAAGCAAAGUUUACCUUCAAAAUCAAAAUUAAAACUUCGUUAAAACAUUCAAGAGAACCUCGAUGGGGCUCCAACAUUCAUCAGUUAUCUAGAUCAGAAAAACCUCGCUUAUCCGUCCUCAAAACCUCGGAGAACAUUGAACGCCCCAAGGAUGCACGUGACCUGCACAACUACAUGGAAAGACAAAGAAGAACGGAGUUAAAAAAUGCUUACGAUAUUGUUAAAACUUGCGUCCCAACCAUCUCCUCCUCUGACCGGGUGUCUAAACAGAUGAUACUGGAUAAAGCUAUUGAAUUUUGUCGGAGCCUUCGUCAAACUGAAUCCCUAGCUCACAAACAGAGAAGGAUGCUCAUGGAGAAGAACACAGAGCUCAAGAAGAAAUUAAAGACCUUACAGCUCAGAGCAAGCUUGUCUCACUGAGAGAAUAUAUACUAACAAAAUUAUAAUGUUUACCCCAUGGUCUCAAUAACUGUAUAAAACCCUUCCUAGUCUGAAAUGAAAAGUUUAUAUAUUUCUAAGAUUUUUAUAUUCUAUCAGUUGUAUGAAAAUAAUAGUAUAUAGUAUAAUGCAUAAACUGUAAACUGGUCCUUUAUGGCCAAAAAUGUACAAAGUCGAGUGGACCUUUUCUCUAAAUAAUUGGAUAAUAUAGAAUAAAAUAUGAAAUAUAUGUUUAGAAAAUUAUCACCCAA